AUGGCAGACAAGACAGAUAUUGAAGCCAUUCUCAAGACAUUAACUCUCGAGGAAAAGAUCCGCCUCCUCGCUGGCCGCAACUUUGUAGAAACUGGGGAUGUCCCCGAUAAAGGUGUCCCAGCAAUCAAAACAACAGAUGGCCCCAACGGCACUCGCGGCGCCGCAAUAGACGGCAGCACAAAAGCAGCAUGCUUCCCCGCCGCCUGCAGCAUAGCAGCAACCUUUGACCGACGCAUCGCCCGCUCCGUCGGCGCCGCCCUAGCCCAAGAAUCCAAAGCAAAGGGGGCCCGAUGCCUCCUCGCUCCGACCGUCUGCAUUCACCGCCACCCGUUGGGAGGGCGCAACUUUGAGAGCUACAGCGAGGACCCCUUUUUGGCGGGCAAGCUCGCCUCGGAAAUGAUUCAGGGGUGUCAGAGCCUGGGCGUGAGCGCGACGAUUAAGCACUUUGUCGCCAACGAGCAGGAGACGGCGAGGACGACGGUCGAUGAGACGAUUAGUGAGCGGGCGUUGAGGGAGAUUUACCUCAAGCCGUUUGAGAUUGCGGUCAAGGAGGCUAAGCCUUGGGCGAUUAUGUCCGCGUAUAAUCUCAUCAACGGGAAGCACUGCGACUCAAAUGAGUGGUUGCUAAAAGAGGUACUGAGAGGGGAGUGGGGAUGGAAAGGGCUGGUUAUGAGCGACUGGGGUGGAACGAACUCCGUGACGGAGGGCAUCAAGGCCGGGAUGGACAUUGAGAUGCCCGGUCCCCCAAGGAUACGCAAGCCCGCCGCCGUGCUCGAGGCCGUAAAGAAUGGCGAGGUCACAGAAGCUGAUAUCGAUGAGCGCGUUCGCACGAUUCUCGAGUGGACGGAACAACUCAACGGCUUCAAGGACCCAACCAUCACCGUCGAAAAGGCUAUUGAUCGCCCCGAACACCGCGCCUUAAUCAGGGAUGCCGGCGCGCGGGGCAUCGUCCUCCUCAAGAAUGACAACAACAUCCUCCCGCUCACGAAAGAAAAGGUCAAGGGCAAGAAGAUUGCCCUCAUCGGUUAUGCCAAAGACGGCCUUGCCCACGGCGGCGGCAGCGCGAGCGUGAACGCACACUACAGGCUCCCGCCCUGGGAUGCUCUCCACGAGGCCCUUGGCUCUGACGUUGAAUUCACAUACGCAAAGGGUGCCCAUAAGGAGCGUCUUCUUCCGCCCAUCACACCAGACGGCAAAGUCGGCACUAUCGUCGGCCUGGACGGACAGCCUGGUUUCAGCCGCGUAUUCUACGACUUUGGCAAAGAAGACGCCGAGCCUGUCUCGGUGCUAAACAGCUACCCCAACUCAGCCUACUCCCCGCUAGGCUCCCAAGAGUCCAUGUGGAAGACCCUCGAUAUCGUCGGCGACUUCGCCCCCUCCGAGACGGGAUCGCACUACAUCGCGUGCUCAGGUAUCGGCCCAACCCAAGUGUUUGUAGACGAUGAAGUCGUCUUUGAGCAAAUAGGUAACUGCGCAGACCCCAUGGGCGCCCUCUUCCAAGCCGCCAAUGAGCCUCAGACAAAACACGCCUUCACAGCGGGCAAGACCUACCGACUCCGCAUCCACAGCAAACCUCCCUCCAAGAUCGGCCUCGAGAUCCUCGAAGGCCGCACGGGAGUGCGCAUGGGUUUCGGGCUGGAAUCUGAUCGCGACGCAGACCUUCAAGGCGAAGCAGCGCGGGUGGCUGCCGAGGCGGACCUCGCUAUCGUGUUCACGGGGCACGAUCCGCAGUGGGAGACGGAGGGCCGUGAUCAGGAAUCGUUCCACUUGCCCUACGACCAGGACGGCCUCAUUGAUGUCGUCGCGAAGGCUAGCAGCGGCAAGACGAUCGUAGUCAACUCUACUGGUGUGGCUGUGGCGAUGCCUUGGCUGGGCAAGGUAUCUGCUCUGGCGCAAUCGUGGUUCUCGGGCCAGGAGUGCGGCAAUGCCAUUGCUGAUGUGCUCACCGGUGCCGUGAACCCCGAGGGCAAGCUGCCCGUCAGUUUCCCCGCUCGUGUUGAAGAUGCUCCAGCACAUGGAAAUUUCCCUGGCAAGAGGGGCGACGACGGUGUUCUCCGGGUCGAGUAUGCUGAGGGCGUGUUUGUUGGGUACAGACACUACGACCGCGUGGCAAAGGAGGUGUUGAACUUCCCCUUUGGAUACGGCCUCUCGUACACAAACUUCGAGUAUACAGGCUUCCAAGUGACGAAAAGCAACACAGCUGGAAACGAGUUCGAGGCCUCUGUGGAGGUUUCCAACACAGGUGCCGUCGCCGGCGGGGCCGUGGUGCAGAUCUACGCUGGAAGAACGGAGCCGUCAGCAGAUACGCCGGCCAAGGUGCUUGUGGCGUUUGACAAGGUUCGGCUGCAGCCUGGAGAAGAGGCCACGGUCAAGUUGUCGAUCUCGGCAAAAGACUUUGCCUCCUUCGAUGAAUCGGUGGGAGAGUGGGCUGUUGAAGCCGGGAAGUACAGCUUUUACCUCGGCGAGUCUGCUGCCGAGACUCUGAAGACGGUAUCAUUGGCUUUAGGAAGAAUCAUCUACCACCGGUAG